UCACACAUAAACACCAAGCCAGAUGAUGCUACAGCUGCAGCUUCGGAGGCGAAACUGAUUAAAUGACACAGAAAAGAGUCCGUUAUUUUGGUUCGGUUCAGGAGAACACACUCAUUUAAAGCUUUUGACAUGAGUAUAUUAGACCGGACAGGCAGAUUAUUUUCAUUAGGAAUGAGUUUAUACAGCUAACCUGGGCCUUAAUGUGAUGAUGUGGCCUUUGGAGUUAGCUGUCAUGCUAAAGGAAAAUCCACCAGCUGUUUAUAUUUAUAUGUAAAUCAAAUUAUGUAGCUGGAUUAAAACGAAUAAAUCCCCCGGGAAAGGGACUGAAAUUUGCGACAGGAUGAAUCUGAAAAAGUCACAGAGUGUCGGAGCGUCUUCUCCAUUGAAUGGACUCGGAAAACAAGCUUCUGAGUCCAGACGGAAGCGGAAGACGGCGGAGAUUGCACAUGCUUUAAAUAUGACACCCGUGGAUGUGGCCACCCUGAGGCGUAUGGCCAUCAGCGAAGGAGGACUGUUUACCGAUGAGAUCCGUCGUCAGGUGUGGCCCAGAUUGCUCAACGUGUCUGUAGACAGCAUACCUGAACAACUAGAGAAGGUAGAUCGCGAGAACAACAAGGAUUUUAAUCAGGUGCUUCUAGAUGUUCAGAGGUCCUUGAGACGCUUCCCUCCAGGAAUGCCAGAUGAGCAACGUGAAGGCCUUCAGGAGGAGCUGAUCGAUAUUAUUCUACGGGUGCUUGUGAAAAACCCUCAACUGCACUAUUAUCAGGGUUACCAUGACAUUGUGGUGACCUUCCUACUGGUGCUGGGAGAACGACUUGCAACUGCCCUGGUGGAGAAACUCUCCACUCACCAUCUCAGGGACUUUAUGGACCCCACAAUGGACAACACCAAACACAUCCUGAACUACCUGAUGCCCAUUAUAGAGAGAGUCAACCCAGAGGUCUUCGACUUUAUGCAACAAGCCGAGGUUGGCACCAUCUUUGCCCUCAGUUGGCUCAUCACCUGGUUCGGACACGUUUUGUCAGAUUUCCGCCACGUUGUCCGGUUGUACGAUUUCUUCCUGGCCUGCCAUCCUCUCAUGCCCAUAUACUUUGCUGCCGUGAUCGUAUUGUAUCGAGAGGAGGAGGUGUUGGACUGUGAGUGUGAUAUGGCCAUGAUGCAUCAUCUGCUGUCUCGUAUCCCAGAAGACCUGCCAUACGAGACUCUGAUCAGUCGGGCAGGAGAUCUGUUUGUUCAGUUUCCUCCGUCUGAGCUGGCUAGAGAAGCUGUCCAGCAGCGCAGUCAACAAACCGCCGCCUCCACCUUCAAAGACUUUGAGCUGGCGUCGACACAGCAGCAUCCAGACAUUGUUCUUCGGAAAAGAAGGAAAGAGCAACAGCAGAUGCAACAACAACAGCGCCACCUGGAGGCCCAGCGAGGCACUGUAGCUGUGGUCCGGCCCACCGCGCGACGUAUUGUGAAACUGGCGGUUAUGGGUUUGACUGUGGCAUUGGGGGCCGCAGCUUUGGCUGUGGUGAACUCUGCACUGGAAUGGGCCCCGAAACUAGACUUACUCUUUCCUUGAAGGAGCCAAUUAACAGAACAGAACAACAGCAUCUCAUUUUGAAGAGUUUAUUUGAGAGGACUUGUGAAUAUUUCACCUUUUUUUUCCUUUCCUUUUUACUUGUGAAGUCGGAUUAAUGAAUAUUAAGUUGUGCUUAUAGAGGUUAUAAUUAAAAAGGCUGUUUGUCAUAAUGGUUGAGGCGUAGAAUCAGAAAUAUUCCUAAAAGAGGACGAUGCACACCAUUUGUAAAACCAUUGUUACGUAAAUUUGUAAAUACCUCACAUUUUAUUCAAUGCAACAACAUAUUUAACAAUGUGCCUCAUUCAUGAAACCCAGGUAAAACACAUUUCUGUGGAAAUUGUUCAAAAACCAUUGGAUCUCACUUAUGAAACGUAAGUUAAACGAAUUUCUGUGUAUAAGUCGUUAAGAAAAAAAUAUUGGAUCUCAUUCAUGAAAAGCAAGCAGAACAAAUGUUUCUGUUCAUAAAAUCUUUUUUUGCGACAAUUUACGUAACAAUGUAUUUAUGAACGAUAUACAUAAUAAUGGUUAAGGGGAAAACGUUGUUUUGAAAUUCAUGUACAAAACACGUUCCAACAAAAACAUUGUGUACAUCGUUUGUUAAUCCAUUUUUAUGUUAAUUGUAACAUUAAAUGCAACCCAAAAAUUCGUUCUGCUUGCACUUCGUGAUCGAGGCCCUGUGUGUUUUAUUACACUACUACCGAAUAGCUCUAGAAUAUUAAGACCAAAAUACUUUUGGAGACCUAUUUAUAGAGUUUCAUUUCAGUUGUGACUCGAUUGUAAAACAACACUGAACGAACACAAUCUUUUUACUAAGCUUAUAAUCUGUACGUUAUGUUUUUGAAAUGAUUUUUUACACUACAUUUUCUUUCUCCAGAUCAAUUUAAUGGCAGUAUUUUAUUUAACAAUAAGUGCUGAUCUCAGUUUUUUUGAAAAACCAAUAAGUUCUCUUGAAUUACCAAGCUGGAACUGAAGCCACUUCUAAGUAACUUAAACUGACGUCCAGACAUACGUAUUUAUUCUGGAUAAUGUUUAAAGUAGUUUCUAAGGUAGUCAUUAUCUUCUGUUGUUUAAAUGCUGUCUAGAAGUGAUCGUUUCCACUAAUCAACAUCUUCUGAGCUUAGAGUAACAUCCAAGUGGUCAAUGAUUCUACUGUAUAUGAAUACAUAAUUACUGAUGCUUUUAUUUUGCAUUUAUUUUGCACUAAAGAAGACGCUUCUUGAUUAUUUCUUUGCACUUUGAGAAUUUGUUUCGGAUUCGCUCAUGUUAGUGUGUCACAAUGACCAUGUUGCUAAUUAUGUUUAAAUAAAAAAUAAAAUUAUCCAUGUAAAAGACAUU